AUGACCAAGACAAUCUCACCCCUCGCCGAAGCGCGCUACCGCGAUUCAGAAUCCUCCACCUUCCCUCUCCCAACCGACCCCUCGAACGCUCUCCCCAGUGCCCUAUCAACAAUCCUCUUCCACCGAUCCUGCCGUGCAUUCCUCCCUUUCAAGCUCCCCGAAGGAACACUAGAAACUCUCAUCACAGCAGCUCAAAGCGGCUCGACCUCCCUCCUCCAGACAUGGGACGUCAUCGCCAUCCAAGACCCGGAGCAUAAAUCCAACAUCGCAACGCUGGCAGCCGACCAAGACUUCAUCCGCCAAGCUCCGUUGUUUCUGGUAUUCUGCCCGAACCUGCGCCGUCUCAAGAACCUGUCAGAGCAGUAUGGUCACCAGGAUUCCCCGGUGUUGGAUAACAUGAAUAUGUUCAUCAUGAGCACGGUGGAUUCAGCCAUUGCGGCGCAGAACGUUGCCAUUGCGGCUGAAUCACUAGGUCUGGGAAUCUGCUAUGUGGGUGCGCUCAGGCACAAUGCAGAUGAGGUCUGUAAACUGCUGGACCUGCCGCCGUUGACGUGGGGCGUGUUUGGAAUGGCCGUUGGGUAUCCGGAUACAGAGAACAGGCGCUCUGGUAGGCGGAUCAAACCGCGUUUGCCGAUGCGAGAGGUACUUCAUAUGGAGCGGUGGAACGACGAGGGGCAGAAGGAUAAUGUUGCAUCGUAUGAUAAGGCACUGGGGACGUUCUAUGAAGAAGAGUCAAAGCUUGGGAGGAAGGCCUGGGGCGAGUUCGUUGCGGGCAGGGUUGCAUCGCAAGCUCAGGGAGGGUGGGUGAACAUUCGGAAGGUUAUCGAGAAGCAAGGGUUUAAGCUUGAAUAG